UAAUCACACACAUAAAUCUGACUGAUUUCUCUACACGCUUUCUCUCUCUAAAAAGAUUAAAAUUAAAAUCAAAUUCAAAUUUUCUCUCUCUAACUAAAAACUAUCCAAAAUCACUAGGGUUUUCAACAGCUGGAUCCAACAAUGGCAGAAGAGCCUACAUCGCCGUCACACACGGCGGCGUCGUCGGCAGCGGCACAAUCGCAGCAAUCUCAAGCAGCGCCGCUAGGUUCAUCAGUGAUUCCUAUAGUGAACAAGUUACAAGACAUAUUCGCGCAACUCGGAAGCCAGUCGACGAUCGAGCUGCCGCAAGUGGCAGUUGUCGGAAGUCAAAGCAGCGGGAAAUCUAGCGUGCUUGAGUCGCUCGUCGGGAGGGAUUUCUUGCCACGUGGAAACGAAAUUUGUACUCGACGACCGCUUGUUUUACAGCUGUUGCAAACUAAGAGGAAAGCUGACGACAGUGAAGAAGAGUGGGGAGAGUUUUUACAUCUUCCUGGCAAGCGGUUUUAUGAUUUUUCUGAGAUCCGUAGAGAAAUUCAGGCUGAGACGGCUAAGGAAGCUGGGGAAAACAAAGGUGUCUCAGACAAGCAGAUUCGUUUGAAGAUUUUUUCACCAAAUGUUCUCGAUAUCACACUUGUUGACUUGCCCGGGAUAACUAAGGUUCCUGUAGGCGAUCAACCCUCUGAUAUUGAAGCACGGAUUAGAACCAUGAUCAUGUCGUAUAUUAAGAAACCAAGCUGUCUAAUUCUAGCCGUUACACCAGCCAAUUCAGAUUUAGCCAACUCAGAUGCUCUCCAGAUUGCAGGAAAUGCUGAUCCUGAUGGUUACAGAACUAUUGGAGUAAUUACAAAGUUGGAUAUUAUGGACAGAGGUACUGAUGCUCGUAAUCUACUGCUUGGAAAAGUGAUCCCUCUUCGACUUGGCUAUGUUGGUGUGGUUAACCGGAGUCAAGAGGAUAUUAUACUCGAUCGAAGUAUCAAGGAUGCACUUGCAGCAGAGGAGAAGUUUUUCCGCAGUCGUCCAGUAUACAAUGGGCUAGCUGAUCGCUGUGGUGUUCCUCAGUUAGCUAAGAAGUUGAACCAGGUUCUUGUUCAACAUAUCAGAGCCAUACUACCAGGGCUGAAGUCACGCAUAACUUCUGCAUUGGUUUCCCUGGCAAAGGAACAUGCAAGUUAUGGAGAAAUCACAGAAUCAAAGGCUGGUCAGGGAGCACUUCUCCUAAACAUUCUUUCAAAAUACGCAGAGGCAUUUUCUUCAAUGGUAGAGGGUAAAAAUGAAGAAAUGUCAACUUUAGAGCUGUCUGGUGGAGCACGCAUCCACUAUAUAUUUCAAAAUAUCUUUGUGAAGAGUUUAGAGGAGGUUGAUCCAUGUGAGGACUUGACCGAUGAUGACAUUCGAACUGCCAUUCAAAAUGCAACUGGUCCUAGAUCUGCACUAUUUGUGCCGGAAGUGCCAUUUGAAGUUCUCAUUCGAAGGCAAAUAGCUCGUUUAUUAGAUCCAAGCCUCCAGUGUGCUAGGUUUAUAUAUGAUGAACUAAUGAAGAUGAGCCAUCGCUGUCUAGUAAAUGAACUACAAAGAUUUCCUGUUCUAAGAAAGCGUAUGGAUGAAGUUAUUGGGAACUUUUUGCGAGAUGGUCUGGAACCAUCUGAGACAAUGAUUGGCCACAUUAUUGAAAUGGAGAUGGAUUACAUAAACACCUCGCAUCCAAAUUUUGUUGGUGGUAGUAAGGCUGUUGAGAAUGCCAUGCAACAGAUAAAGUCUUCUAGGGCUGUUUCUCUACCUAUUAGACAAAAGGAUGGUAUAGAACCUGAUAAGGCACCAGCGUCAGAGAGGAGCCUUAAAUCUCGGGCUAUUCUUGCUAGACAAGUAAAUGGAAUGUUGGCUGAGCAGGGAGUUCGUCCUGGAGCCGAUAUGGAAAAAGUUGCUCCUCCAGGGAAUGCCACAAGCGUUUCAAGUUGGGGUAUUUCAUCUAUUUUUGGUGGGAGUGAUAGCUCUCGUGUAUCCGCUAAAGAGAAUACAACUAACAAGUCGUAUAUGGAGCCAGUUAACCACAUGGACGCUUUGGAGCAAAGCUUUUCUAUCAUCCAGUUGAGAGAGCCUCCAAUUAUGUUGAGGCCCUCAGAUAAUCACUCAGAGCACGAGGCUGUUGAAAUUGCAAUCACUAAAUUGCUAUUGAGAUCUUACUAUGACAUUGUUCGGAAGAAUAUUGAGGACUCCGUACCCAAAGCAAUUAUGCACUUUCUGGUAAACCACACAAAGCGUGAACUGCACAAUGUGUUCAUUAAAAAACUUUACAGAGAAAACCUGUUUGAAGAGAUGCUGCAGGAACCUGAGGAGAUAGCCAUGAGAAGAAAGCGGACUCGAGAAACACUUAGAGUUCUUCAACAGGCUGUAAAGACAUUGGAUAACUUGCCAUUGGAAACGGAAACAGUUGAAAGGGGAUACGGAUUAGGUUCAGAUCCAACAGGAUUGCCUAAGAUCCAUGGGCUUCCAACAUCAUCAAUGUAUUAUUCUUCUAGUAGCGGCUCCGGUGACUACACGGCUUCUCCUAAGAGGACCCGCAAAUCAUCUCAUUCGGGUGAGCUACAAUCUCAUUUAUAUGCUAAUGCUGAUUCUAAUGGAGGCGGACGACCUCACAUGCCAGGUUUCUAUCCAACUGUUGAUUUAUAAACAUGCUCACUUAUCGAGUUUUUAUUUUUGCUCAAAUUGCCCGAAUGUAUUGUAUUCAUUUGAUUGCCAAGUCACCGUCUUUAGAAGGUCCUCAAAAAUUUCAUCGCUCCAGACAUGUGCAAACUAGGAGUAUAUGUCCGUAGUUUCUCUAAUAUAGUAUAGAAUUAUAAUUUCAUUGUUUUACAGAGGCUUCAUCGAGAAUAAUAGGGAGCCAAUAAUUUACUUCUUUUUGCCCCAUUAAAAGCAUAUAUUUUAGUCAAGCUAAAAUCUGUUUGCUGGUUUUUUAUUCAGAUUGUAGAAACGACAUUAUGCUUUACAAGUGUUUGCAUUGUUGAGCUUAUGUUAAUAUUUAUUACUAUUUUUAA